ACCACCAACUCGUCGACGAGCGGGCAUCAGAUCGGCACGAUGUCCGCGCCGCCUGGCCGCCAAGUGCCAAAGAGACGCAUGAGGCGUCGCGCGACCUCGCACUCCCAGGAUCCCGCCGAACAAUUGACCGAGAUGUCGGUGCGCGGCUUGAAUCUCUUUCGUUACGCCUCGAUAUCCGAGGGCGUUUACCAAUGCACCGAGUGCGCGAAACUCGACAUCCAGAAGACGUUCAAAAAAUACAGCUUCCAACGGCACGCGUUCCUCUACCACGAGGGCCAUCAGAGAAAGGUGUUCCCGUGCCCCGUGUGCGGCAAGGAGUUCUCCAGGCCGGACAAGAUGAAGAAUCACAUGAAGACGGUGCACGACUGUUUCAUGCCCAAGGACUGCGUGGUUCCGUUCGGCUUUUUUCUCUCGCCUUAGCGGGCGGCGCGAGGGCGAGGUGGGGUGGCGAUCGGUCCGUCGGUACGAGGGGCGACGAGGGGGGCCCGGGGCGGCGAGGAACAGCGGCAGGAGAUCGGGGAUGUGACUACGAGAGGAUCAUCGGGUUCGAACGUUGAGAGGAGCGCGAGGGGGGCGGCGUUCAAGCACGUGGCCGCCGCCUCGAGGAUGAUGUCCGUGUUCAGGCGGGGACGUGUUUGAGAGGAAGGGAGGGGGAGGGAAGUUCCUUUUCUCGACGCACGGGGUCUCUAGUCACCCCAGAGAGGCGAGAUAGAGUAUGGAUAGAGGGAGGUGCCUUUCGUUUUUGAGAAAAGAUAGAGAGAGAGAGAGAGAGAGAGAGAGACCUAUCGCACAGCCUAUCUCACCCCCGCGAUGAUCGAUUCCCCUCUUGUCGAAGCGCGAUUUAAUAUCCAACUUCUUUAUGCGCCUUUUUAUGCGAUUUUAAAUAGUCGUUUUUCUUUUCUUUUUUUUUUUUUAUUAUUAUUAUUAUUAUGAUUGUUACGAGACGAAGAAGGGGCGAUUGAAGGGAAGAGGGGAGGGGGUCGGGUUGAGGAGACGAACGCGACGGAUCGGAUACAAACACUGCUAUAAGCGGGACGACGUCGAGUGAUCGCGAGGAAUUUUUCUUUUUCUUUUUUUUUUUUUUCUUUUCUUUUCUUUUCUUUUCUUUUCCAAAUCGAAGAACGAGAAACGCGAGAACUGGUGACUGCUCGAGUAGUGCUGCUGCGUGUGUGUGUACAUUAGUAUUAUUAUUAUGAUCUUUGAACCGUGCAAUAGCGCGCAAUGCUUGUGCCCGAUUGGAUUUCUCGUGUCUCCUUCGCUUGUACCCCGUCUCCUCCUAUCCCCCCUGUGCUCGUAAAAAGCGUGAAAAAGUAUAUAUAUA